AUGUCGUCGUCUCAAGCUGAUAGAGGAGAUAAUACCCUACCAGACGCGCCACCCAUUGACGGCGAAGAAGCAAGCGAUGAAUCACCAGCGACACUUGUCGAUAAUGGAGGCCGAAAGGCAGACGUAAAGCUAGAGGAUCUAUUCAAUGAUGAUGACGACUCAGAUGACGAGUUCCGAAGCUCGAGCAAUGAUACUGGCAAAGUCGAGAGCAGCCCACCGGCUGCCCCCAUUCAAGCCGUACCCUCUGCAAAGUACACAGACCCCGAAAUAAUGCUAGCCUUCUAUCAACGAUUGUUCCCCUUUCGAUAUCUCUUCCAAUGGCUCAACCACUCAAUCAAACCCUCCAACGACUUCGCACACCGCGAAUUCGCCUUCACACUCCAGAACGACGCAUACCUCCGCUACCAAAGCUUUCCAACCGGUGAUCUCCUCCGCAAACAAGUCCUUCAACUAAACCCCUCCCGCUUCGAAAUAGGCCCCAUCUACAGCACCAACCCGCGCGACCGCAAAACCCUCCGCAAAUCCACCGCCUUCCGACCCAUCGCUAAAGAACUUGUCUUCGAUCUCGACCUCACAGACUAUGACUCCAUCCGUACCUGCUGCACCAAAGCCAACAUCUGCCACAAAUGCUGGACCUUCGUCAGUAUGGCCGUCAAAUGCGUCGACGCCAGCCUCCGCGCCGACUUCGGCUUCCAGCACAUUAUGUGGGUUUAUUCCGGCCGCCGAGGCGCACACGCCUGGAUCUCCGAUAAGCGGGCGCGGAACAUGGACGAUGCGCGGCGCAGAGCACUAGCCGGCUAUCUCGAAGUGAUCAAAGGCGGGGACCAGUCGGGCAAGAAAGUCAACGUCAAACGGCCUUUGCACCCGCAUCUCGCACGAAGUCUCGACAUCCUGAAAGAAUAUUUCGCCACUGCCAUCCUUGAGGACCAAGACCCCUUCGCCACUCACGAGGGCGCAGAACGCCUCCUCAAUCUCCUCCCCGACAGGUCUCUCACGGAUGCGUUGCGGAAGAAAUGGGCGGCCUCCCCGCACCGCUCGAGCACGUAUAAAUGGUCGGACAUCGACAGCGUGGCGAAAUCUGGUGCUUCGAAAAGUCUAGACGGGAAGGCGCUGCUGGAGGCGAAACAGGAUAUUGUGCUCGAGUACACGUAUCCGAGGUUGGAUGUGGAGGUCAGUAAGAAGCAGAUUCAUUUGUUGAAGAGCCCGUUUGUGGUGCAUCCUGGGACCGGGAAGGUAUGCGUGCCGAUUGAUUUGGAGAAGGUGGAGAAAUUUGAUCCGUUGGGAGUGCCCACGGUGACAGAGUUAUUAGGCGAGAUUGAUGAAUUUGGUCAGGGGAUGGCAGGGGGUGAGGAAGAGGGGGUUGCGGGGAAGAAGGUGGCGGAUUAUGAGAAGACGAGUUUGAAGCCUUACGUGGAGUAUUUCAAGCGGCAUGUGGGGGAAUUGCUCAAGGCAGAGCAGGGAGGUGUGAAGAGGGAAAGGGAAGAGGAUGGCAUGGAGUUUUAA